AGACUACUCAGACAGGUCCGGUGUAGCUUUUUGCAGCGGACGCAUCCUCGCAGGACUGGCCCUUUUUAGGAAGCUCUCAAGACAAUGAUGGAUCUAAUGACCGCUACCCCUUUCUACCACAUCAAUGCAACAGAUGCCACUGGAAGAAAUGGCUCCUUGUAUGAGGACGACGAUGAGUAUGACUAUAAGGAUGAGCAUGCUGAGCUGAGACAGUCUCUCAACAUCAUGUCUCUCAUUGUUUACUGCCUGGCCUUUGUUCUUGGUGUGCUCGGGAAUGGAGUGGUUAUCUGGGUGACCGGGUUCAAGAUGAAGAAAACAGUGAACACAGUUUGGUUCCUCAACCUCGCUGUGGCCGACUUCCUCUUCACGGCAUUCCUGCCCCUGAGUGUGACCUACACAGCUAUGGAUUUUCACUGGCCUUUCGGCAGAUUCAUGUGCAAACUGAACAGCACUAUAAGCUUCCUGAACAUGUUUGCCAGUGUCUACAUUCUGGUGGUGAUCAGUGUGGACAGAUAUGUGUCUGUGGUGUGGCCUGUCUGGGCCCAGAACCACCGAAGUGUGCAGAAGGCGUCCGGUGUGAGUCUGGGUGUUUGGAUACUGGCUCUGAUUCUCAGCGCUCCAUACUUCAUCUUCAGGGAUACAGGACCAUCGUAUAACAAUGACGACAUCAUCAACUGCUUCAACAACUUUGCCUUUUCUGAUGACUAUGAAACACCGUCUGUGAAUCAGCUGCGACAGUUUCGUCAUCAGGCCAUGACCAUCACCCGCUUCCUCCUGGGAUUUGUUGUCCCCUUCACUGUCAUUGUCUCCUGCUAUGCUGUGAUAAUCCAUCGUCUCAGAAGAAACCGCACCCUGGCCAGCCAGUCAAGUCGCCCCUUUAAGAUCAUCGCUGCAGUUAUCACCACUUUUUUCCUGUGCUGGGCUCCUUAUCACAUCAUGGCUUUAAUUGAGUUGGUAAAUCACAUGGCUAAUCAUGCAAGCGAAACAUUAGACCAUGUCACUACUAUUGGAGUCCCCAUUGCAACCAGUCUGGCCUUUCUCAACAGUUGCCUGAACCCACUGCUGUAUGUCUUCAUGGGACAAGAUUUCAAGGAUAAAGUCCGCAAAUCUAUCCUGAAUGUUUUGGAGACUGCCUUCCAGGAGGAGGUUUCUCGCUCUUAUACCUACACAAACUCAAUGGUGACCAGUCGGAGCAAAGAAAAGUCUGUUUCUGAUGCUGAGGUAUAAGGUCAUCUAUGACUUGAUUAAACACAUACUGUAACUGUACAUAGCAAAUGUAACUGUAUAUAACAAAUAGCUUUCAUUGUUUUUUAUUCAGGAAUCCUCACGAUGAUCUGUAUACAUUAUCUGAAACUGAAACUUUUCAACUGUUACCAUUUGACUGAUAUGAGUUUUUAAUGAUGACAACUUCAGCGAUAGUAAUUACAAUCUGGCAGAGCAGACAGAUGGUGAUAAUACACAAUAAUCUGUAGAUCCAUUUGUGACUUAUUUGUGGGAUAAAGCAUUUUGGAACCAGGAAAGGUGAAACGUUGUCAUUCAUUAUAAUAAAGCUUAUUAAUGUUGUGCUUCACAAGGAAAAAAAACAGUAGAUAAAAACAUAAAUACACACAUGCAGACAAAUUCACCCAUAAUGAAUAACCUGUAGAGCCAGUGGCUACACUUAUAUUUUGAGUAACAGUGAUGCCUCUCCACUUCACAGUCCUGUUUUUGACUGCACUUUUACUCAAAGCAGGACCUUCAGUCUGUAACAUACUACACCUAGUGGAUGUGUGCCAUGUUUUUUUGACAGGAGAAACCAAUCAUGUGCAACACAAGCAACAGAAAUAUAAGAUUUGGUUGGCAAAAGGAAUUUAAAGCUUUCAUGACAAAUGUUGAUUACUACAGUACAUCCCCACCUGUAUGGGACAGCAAAGAAAAAAACACCUAAACAAGUCUUAGUUGUUACCAGCCUGUGAUUGUAGACUAUAUUAAUAGUUAAAGAGGCCGGCACAUUCCCUAAAUAACUUAGUAAUAGAGCUAGUUUGCCUUUCUUGCCAUGGAAUAUUAAAGGCUGUAAACUAACAUACUGAAGAGUAAUGAUAAAGACUUUACAGUGUGAAAUAGUAUCACUGAACCACUGCACGAACAGGCUUAAUUCAACCCAACCACUGAUCCCAUUAUGUCUGUACAUGACAAACCCAGGCACAUGACAGUGACCACAAAGGCCAUCUCUGGGUGCAUACGAAGAAAAAGUGAAGUGAGCAGUUACACCAUCCACCUACCACCUCAUUUUGUCUGAAAUCACCCUGUAAUCUUUUUUCUUAUGCCGCCUGUCAUGAGGUUACACCAUAGAAACUAAUUUAACUGUCUUUAUACUGCUACAUGUCAACUGCAUGCUUUGGUAUACAUGAGCUUUUUACAUUUGUUAUUCAGCAAAAGGGCAGGCUAAUGUAAGCCUAAUACAUACCUUUAUAGUGACGUUAAGAUUAUUAUGUGUAAAGCUGCAUUGUAUACUUGGCUUCGUUUGUGAUUGCUGUUGUUUGUUGUUUGUUUGUUUUUAUGAGUACACGCAUAAUGCUGUGCCAUAAUCAGAGAAUUUUAAUUUUAAUCAUGUUUCUACAGUUUUUUGCUUGUGUGUUCAUUUGUUUGUUGAUUAAUCUUCCAGCUUCCUUUUCAAUUUUCACUCAAUUGGGCACAUGUUCUAUUUAAAAAAAAUACUUUACACAACUUUACAAAUGCCCAAGGUGACAAAGUGUCUUGUUUUGGCUGAGAAAUGGAAACAAAAACCAAAGAUACUCGGUUUACUGUUAAAAAAACACCAAACAUUUACAUUUUAGAAGCUAGAAUCUGUAAAUAUUUGUUACUUACGCUCGAAAAAUAAUUAAAAGAUCAGUCAGUUAUCGAUAAACUCUAUAAGUAGAGACAAAUGGCACAGUUAUUCCAUGUCCUGUAUGACUUUGGUGUAUGUGAUAUAUUGUGAUAUAAAAUGAAACUCUCUAUAAAAGCUUUAUUCUUAUGUAAACAAUGUAAAUGAUGUGAUUGUUUCGAUCU